AUGGACUCCGGCGAAGAGGUGGAUUGGAUAGGCAUAGCUGCUGCUGUCGAACUCGAAGAAGCUGAGGCUGAGGCUGCUGCUGUCAAAGAUGCGGCAGCUGUGGCAGAGGCAGCAGCUUCGGCGGCCAGAGCCAAACGGAAGCGAGAGCGACCACAUGACUCCGACGACCGGCAGGGCAUUCCUCCGGCAUUUAAUUUAGCUGAUGUGGAUCCUGAUCCUGGCACACGUAAGCAAAUUGAAGAGUAUGCAACUCCAGAAAUUAGAGAUGAAAUGAGAAGGGCAUAUUUGUCGAAAGGUGUUGGACAUUUGUAUGGUCAUGAUUUUCCUCGGACUCUUUUUGGGAAAGAUUGGCGGAACUUCAAAGAAGCAUGGUUCGCGAACCAAAAAGGGGAGUCUUUGGAAAGAUUGCUUGGUGUUAAACAUGUUCUUGAUACUACAUCCGCUUCUUUGAAAAGAUCUUUGGACGCAAUGUUUGUUAAACAUAAUUUAUCCAUGUCUAGAUUGAGAGGACAAGGAUAUGAUGGGGCCUCAAAUAUGCGUGGAGAAUUUAAUGGUUUGAAGAAAUUGGUGCUAGAUGUCAAUCCAUAUGCUUUUUAUGUGCAUUGUUUUGCCCACCAACUUCAAUUGGUAGUUGUUGCUGUUGUCAAGGGAGUCCUAGCUGUUAGUGAUUUCUUUGGACAUACAAAUAAGAUUGUCAACAUGGUAAGUGCCUCGUGUAAAAGAAAAGAUGCAUUGUUGCAGAAGCAUCAUGACAACCUGGUUUUACAGUUAGAGCAUGGGGAGAUUUUGUCAGGAAAAGGCGAGCAUCAAGAGACAAGUUUAGCAAGACCCGGUGAUACACGAUGGGGGUCACACCACAAGACUCUAAUCCGGAUAUAUCAAAUGUGGGAUUCCGUGGUUGAAGUGCUACAUGGUAUUUCUCUUGAUGGAGCAGAUGCUGAUGAUAGAGGUUUGGCUUCUGGCUUUAUGAUAAACAUGGAAACAUUUGAAUUUGUUCUUAUCUUGCAUUUGAUGCUUCGAGUGCUUGGUUUAACCAAUGAUUUGUCACAAGCAUUGCAACAAAAAGAUCAGAAUAUAGUCUGUGCUAUGAAUAUGAUUGUGUCAGUGAAAAGUCUAUUACAAAAGUUGAGAGAUGAUGGAUGGGAGCCUCUCUUAAUAUCUACUACUAACUUUUGUGCUGCAAGAAAUAUAAUAGUGCCCAAUAUGGAUGAUAACAUUUCAGCAAGGGGUUACCCAAGAAGAUCACGCAAAAUGGUUACUUGUCUCCAUCAUUACAAGGUAACUAUAUUCAAUGAGGUGUUGGAUAGAAACAUAGUUGAGAUGAAUAAUCGAUUUAGUGAAACUUCUACACGCUUGUUGAAGUGCAUUGCUUGCCUUGAUCCUAGAGACUCAUUUAGCAACUUUGAUCAUGAUAAGCUAGUUGAGCUUGCAAAUAUUUACUCAAUUGAUUUCUCUUCACAAGAGCUCUAUCUGUUGACUGAUCAACUCAACAUAUAUAUUGAUGUGAUGAAAAGAAGUACUGAAUUCUUGGCUUGCGAUAGUUUGAGUUCUCUUGCUCUCAAGUUGGUUCAGAGUAGACAACAUCUGGUAUUCCCAUUGGUUUAUCGGCUCAUCAGACUUGCAUUGACAUUACCGGUGGCAACUGCAUCAGUUGAGAGGGUUUUCUCAGCCAUGAAUAUUAUAAAGACUGAUCUUCGAAACAAGAUGGGUGAUGAUUGGCUUAAUGAUUUGAUGGUUUGCUUUGUUGAGCGCGAGAUAUUUGCUAAAAUUAGUGAUAAAGAGAUUAUGGUUCAUUUUCAUGCCUUGAAGAACCGUCGAGGUCAUCUACCUCCACAACCUCGUGUUCAGUAUGCAAUUACGUCUUAAAGGUAUACUACCACCCAGUUACCAUCAGAUGUGUGUCUAUAUCAAAAUAUACAACUCUCAUCACACUUGUGCUAAUGCAUUCUUUAUUUUGUAGGUCUCAUUUGGAAAUUGGAAUUAUGGGAUCAUAUUGUGGCAUAACUGAGCAUUUCAAGCGGCAAGAGUCCAUGUGAGCAGUCAGGCGGCCUCGGCGACUUUUAACAGUGUACUAGUUUUAAAUAGUCUUUUCAUCCUUUUGCUGUUGAAUGCUAUGAGUUCUGGUUGAAUAUAGCUGCAUUUGUAGUGAAAAAAAUUUAAACAUUAAAUGUUCGCCCCGGCUAACUUCAAUUCCUGGGUCCGCCACUGUGCACGGCGACAAGGAGCCUCUAUCUCGCUGGGCGGCUGACUGUAGUCUGUUAUUGCCUUGCCGCCGUCCAUCUCCGCCUUAUCACCAUGGUCAUGGCACUACGAGCAGGAAGGAGCCCUGAAGAAUGGAGUAGCUCUCGGCGUCGCAUUCGUCAUCGUCAAGCUCCCAUCAACCCAGUGGCGUCCGUUGCAACUCCAUCGAUAAACAAACCACGAUCCAACGCAUGGCAUUGUGGUUGCUACCUCUCUCCCGAUACCUAUCACUCCC